AUGAGAAUGAGAACCUACCAUGGAGCGCUGCUCCUCGUCCUUGCCAUGGUGAUGGCGAUGCUGUCAACAGGGAUCUGCACAGGCACAACACCGGUGCCAGCGCCGGCGCCGACGGUGAGCUCGCCGGAGUACCCAUACGCCUAUAGGUGUUGGAAGCUGUUGUCUAACAGCGGCUGCGACCAAAAGGCGUGCGACGCCAACUGCUUCAUCAAGCUCAAGGGCGUUGGAUUGUGCACCCAUGGGAGCGUCCGAGUCGCGUGCUGGUGCUACUACCCCUGCAAGUUAGCCGCCGCCGCCCGCAUGAUGACAGACUGA